AAAAAUGGUGAGGAAAGAGCAAACUAGGGAUAUAACAAACAAACAAACAGGGGGAGAAAGAAGAAACUACAGACAGAAACCCCCACCAGUUUCGUCGCCGAUCACCCAAAUCUCCACACACUCCCCAUCCAUCCGCCAUGGAUUUGGAUCUCUGGAUAUCGAAAGUCAAAGAGGGACAGCACUUGUCCGAAGAUGAAUUGCAGCUGCUCUGUGAAUACGUAAAAGAUAUCUUGAUUGAGGAAUCAAAUGUUCAGCCGGUGAAUAGUCCAGUUACUGUUUGUGGUGAUAUUCAUGGCCAGUUUCAUGAUCUUAUGAAGCUUUUUCAGACUGGAGGUCAUGUACCUGAGACAAAUUACAUUUUCAUGGGGGAUUUUGUUGACCGUGGUUACAACAGUUUGGAAGUUUUUACUAUACUUUUACUUUUAAAAGCAAGAUACCCUGCAAACAUUACUCUUCUGCGUGGGAAUCAUGAAAGUAGGCAAUUAACACAGGUUUAUGGGUUCUACGAUGAAUGCCAAAGGAAGUAUGGGAAUGCUAAUGCAUGGAGAUAUUGCACAGAUGUUUUCGAUUAUCUCACUUUGUCAGCUAUAAUAGAUGGAACUGUUUUAUGUGUUCAUGGUGGUCUUUCACCUGAUAUUAGGACUGUUGACCAGAUUAGAGUUAUUGAACGGAACUGUGAGAUCCCCCAUGAAGGACCAUUUUGUGAUCUAAUGUGGAGUGACCCUGAGGAUAUUGAAACAUGGGCCGUGAGUCCCCGAGGGGCCGGCUGGCUUUUUGGAUCCAGAGUUACAUCUGAGUUCAAUCACAUCAACAAGCUUGAUUUAGUAUGCCGGGCCCACCAACUUGUCCAAGAAGGUUUAAAGUACAUGUUUCAGGAUAAAGGACUUGUAACUGUUUGGUCUGCACCAAAUUACUGCUAUCGCUGUGGCAAUGUAGCUUCAAUAUUGAGUUUCAGUGAGAACAUGGAGAGAGAGGUGAAGUUCUUCACAGAAACAGAGGAAAACAAUCAGAUGAGAGGUCCAAGAACAGGGGUACCUUAUUUUUUGUGAAGUUAAACCUCAAAAAACAGACAUUAUUAUGUUGCUGAAUAUGUGCAGCAAUGAUGAUGAAACAAACAAGCAGACUGCAUUUGGUUUUAGUUUAUUAUUGUGUUACAUAAUUAAAUCAUAUUCUUGUGUUGUUGAUAUACAAUACAUUCUGGUUAUAGGUAAGACUAAUGUAACUGUUCUGACUUAUCAUUUAAAUGGGGGAUUCCAGUGUUAUCACUUCUUUUUGGAUUA